AAUGUCAUACCAAAACAUUAAGUGACACGUAACUUCAUAUAAUUAAAUUUGCUUUUUGUGACCUCCAAAUGUGAAAAACCGCAAAAAUACACACAUGUUCCGAUCGUUUGUAACGCUUAAAAAUGUCAGAUAAAGGUUUCGGUGAUUACACGAACAGGAAUGUUGUCAAAAAUCCACUAUUAUCCUCAGCCGUAACUGGACUAUCAAUUGAAGAUUUGACGCACAAUGCAGUUUUGUUACCCGCUAUUCCCAGCCAGGAACUGAUUACGAGACAAGAUUAUAACGAAAGCCCGAUGAGGCCCUUGCAGCACUCCGACCGUGAUACCAUAAACCUUCCAUCUGGCGACGCAAAUAUCAACACACAUUCUUCGAACACAAAUCAGAACAUUUUUGAUUCAAAUAAAAAUAUAAAUAAAAUAACCAAUCCAAGCACGAAUUUAUCGAAAGCCUCUACGAAGUCUGAUGAUGAUUUUGACGUAAAUGAAUAUUUUGCCCGUUUACAAGGCACCAGGUAUGUUAGUGCCCCAUUGAAUAGCAGUAUCAAGGACGACCAGAGCGCUAACCUUCAAGCAGAAGAUAACCUUGAAGAGAUCAAUCUGAACGAGCCUGAAAAACCACAGGUUGCUGAUGACUUACAGCACAGCAUCACAGCGGAUAUAGCGCAGAAUUUCUCGCAACUGCCGACCGUUCUGCCUCAAGUCGCGAGCGCGGUUUUCAGCUCGUUUUCUAACAUGCUGAGCAUGAAGAGCAGAGAGCAGACUCCUGAUGAUAGAGUAUGUCAUGAGCCGCAAGCGAGCAGUGCUCAAUUCUGUGUACCAGAUGCUCCGAUGCAACUUGCUCCUCCGCCGCUAAGGGAGCCCCCGUCAGUUGGUAACGCGUCAAAUUAUCGAAUAACAACGAAGAAAAAAGUAUAUGCACAAAUACCAGGCUUAAGUUCUGGCGAUAGUCACGUUAAUUUCCAUCCACCGAUGAAUCAAAGUGCUCCACCGUUUGGCGUAGAAUCCAACGCUCAUAUAGAUGUACACGAUCAUGAUAGUAAAAUAAAAGAUAUACCAGUAGGAUAUGGUGCACCACAUACAGUAUUAAACCCAGAAAUGAUACCUGAAAACCAGCAGGCACAUAAUGAAAAAGCCAUCGAGGAAACAAAACAGACGCUUAAUGUAUCGAAUUCUACAGCUAGUGAUGUGAGAGAUACGGCUAAAAUUCCUGGUGAAUCAGUGUUGCUGCCUGAUAGUACUUUACCAGCUCUUGAACAAGAAUCGACAAAGCUACAACCAAUAACACCGCUGGCCCCUCAACCGUCCACUGCAAUAAUUCCUCCUCCUCCCAUGUUUUCUAAUAUACCAAGAAGGGACAGUCAACCGUCUGUUGGGAAGUCGGUCCUACCACCAUCCGUAGCAAGGCGGAUUUCCGGAAAUCAACUUAUACUGAAAACUCAAGCGCCUCCAAGUGUGAUGCAUGAAAAUAUUUUUGUUCCAAUAAUGCCACCAGAAUCAAAUAUGGCUCCGGGUUUUGGAGUUGUUUCGUCUAUACAACAUAAUUAUGGUCAACUAUUUGAUCCAUCUAGCAAUAUUGAAACUAUCAAUACAACGCAUAAUAGAAGCGAUCCACGAAAAUUCCAUAACAAAGUUAAAACAUUGCCGUCUAUGGACAUUUUGCAACCAUCAAUGCAAAUACCAGGUUUUGCAGAUAACGCAAAUUUAUUAGGCGCUACGGUUCCAUUUAAAGUCGAUGAUUCCAAAAAAUCGGAGAAGUCCGCGGAUUCUGUAAUUCCAUCACAACAACCAAAACAUAUAGAAAGUUUUGUCUCGCCUACUGUAUUUAAUCCAAUAGUUGAAAUUCCUAAUAUUUCAUAUAAUCCUUUAGCGCCUGAUUCAUCUCACAUCACUUUUCCAGAAUCUAAAGCGCCGCCAACGUUUUACAAUCCACUUCAAUCAGAUUUCGUCACUUCAUUUAAAAAAGAAGAGAACAAAGAUGUCUCGAACGCUCCUCAAAAUAUUUUACCUGAACAUUUUGGUAAUUUGCAACGUGAAGUUAAGAAAACAAUUCAGGAGCCACCGAAGCUAACUGGAAAUCUGAGCUAUAGAAUGUCGAAGAAGAAACCACAGUAUUAUUCCGGACCUAUCGAAGGCGUAGGAAAUAUUAGUAAUAAUAUAAAACCGUUAAUAGAUCCUGUCGCAGCGAAUUCUUUUCAAGGGUCUCUAUUUACUCCAGAUCAAAGUGCUGCAACUGCUCUAAAUACUAUGUAUCCAGAUUACAGCGUAAAUAGCUUGCAAGAACCUACACCAUUUGAUAUAAGUAAGCCAGCUAAUAUGGAAACAUAUUCUUACGGCCUUCAAAAGCACAGUGAACAAAUACAAUCAGAUUACAAUACCGCCUUUGAUUUAAGCAGACCAACAACAGAGAAAUAUGAUGAACCACAACAAGAGUCUAAAGGAUUUGGACUUAUCGGAUCACUUAAAUCUAAACUUAGCUCUUUAGAUAUUAAUAAGAUCCAAAAUACUGUUACAACUUUCUUUGAUCCAGGAUACAAUGCAGCUGAUACUAGUAGCAAACAAGAGAAUGAACCAUAUAGUUAUCAAAAUGUGCCUGGAAGUUACCCUAGUUAUCCUCAGAGCGAUGGUGCUAGUCUAGAGGUUUUUGUUCCUACCAUUAAUCAGGAGCAAGCUACAUUGAAUCCAUAUUCAUAUCAAAUGGGUCCUAAGCAACCAAUUAAUCAAACGAAUCAGUAUUAUCCGACUCACGAUAAUUAUGGUAAUCAAAGUCAAUCGCAAGCUACCACAGACUUAAAUUACCAUGCAGGAUGGUAUGGUGGCUAUCAGCAGCAUUCUCAACAAGUAGAAUAUUUCCAUAGUGCGACAGGUCUUUCACAAGAAGGUUAUUUAGAUAAAAUUGAAAUGACUGGCACGUCAUCGACUAAAGCAAUUGAAAAAAUGCAACCGUUGAACCAAGAUAUUGUUGAUCAACCUCAAAAAACUGAAUCACAUAAGCCUGAACCAAUCGCCACUAUACCAGAAGUUAGCAACGUAUACAACAUUUUUGAUAAUCGACAAACAAUUGCACAAAUUGUACCAGAACGCGAUAAUAGAAAAGAUAUGGUAGAAAUUGUCAAACAAAACACAGAAGAUUUUAAACCGUUCGAAGCGACUUUGGAUUCAACAGCAACGAAAAGUUUUUUUGACAAUCCAAAGUUAGAUCUCCAACCUGAUGACAGUAUAAGACCAAAAUUUAAUGAAUUGCCUUGUUUAUCAAAUGAUGGAAUCCAAUCUACUGCACAGCCUUCAUUAAAAUCUAUUUUAGAUAAUUCGUUGCAAUUAGAUAAAACAAAAGAAGAUAAAACAGACCAUACAAAAGCUGGCUAUGGAUCGGAUUUCAUUAGCGAUGUACCGAAAAUAUCACAAGUGUUUGCUGACCCUUCGUCCAAAGGUUUCUUUGAUAAACAAACGUCUAUUGUACUACCAUUCGCAAUUAAAAAACCUGAUGACAUAAAACUAGCCGCUAAAGAAGACUCAUUAAUGAAUUUACCACCAAAAGGUAUAAAUCAAUUCGAACCAGAAAAAAGUAGGAUUGAAGAUAAUGUUGUGAAUACUCAAACAGAAGCUAAAAUUACGGAAGAUUUUACGACGAUAAAAAAACCAGGUCCCAAAACGGUGUCUGAAGUCAUAUCAAAAAAUAUAAUAGGGAAUGACUCUAUUGAAACAAGUGAACAUAUUUCUUCUACAAUUAGUCCACAAGAAUCAAUCGCUGUGAAUGCAACUACGUUUUCAUUGUUCGAACCAUCUCCGAACAUUUCAUCUGUCCCUUUAUUCAAUCUUUCAUCUUUAUCUUCGAUAUCCUUAUCUGAUCCUAUUAAAGACACUGACAUAAAUGACAUCGAAAGGAAAAUAGAAAACGUAUCUUUGUUCGAAAAUGCGAAUACACAAAUCGCAUCACUACCAAGCUACAAUUUAUUUGGAGAAAUAGGUAGCAGCGAAAUCAAAGCUGAUUUGCAGGAAAAUCAAGUUUCUGAUUUAAAUAGUUAUGCAACGUGCAGGGAAGUUGGUUUGCCAGAAGAUAAUAAAGUUGAUGACCUUACGAAACAGUUAAUAGAAAAUGUAACAGCUCCAAUUCAAUUGGAAAACCCUGUCUUAUAUCCUGUGGUACACGAUGAAUCUAAUAAAGUAGAAGUUUCUGAAUACACUAAACCAUUAACAGAUAUAUCUCGUAUUGCACAGAAUGUUUUAGGUAACGUGAUCAUACCGCCGCCACCACCAGACCUCCUUGAUGGUAUAAAUGGUAACAAUCCAAUUUUAAAUUAUCCCUGGUCCUUCGAUGUCACGUCAGAUGCUCAAUUGGGUUAUGACUAUAAUUUUCAGUUAGAUUCCAAUCCCGUUGGAUAUCUUCAAGAUAAAUCUUUAUUUUUAGAAAACAUACCUGCAAACGCUUGUGAUGAAAUGAAAGCUGAAUACAAAAAUUCUCAAGAGGAAACUUCUAUACUAGCUCAUCAAAUAAGUGUGCCCUCUGUACCACCUGAAGAGGAUACGAAAUCAGAUGAAAGCGGUUUAGAUGUUCACUCAAUAGAAUUAGACGCUAAAAAAGACUUUCCUAUAUUCGAAGAGUUUGUUGUAGAACCGUCUGGAACUGAUGAUGAUAAAAUAGGAUAUAGAGAACGUGAAAGAUUUUCAGAUGAACCCGCACAAGAUGUUGACACAUUCACUAACAGAGUAGAGAGGUUCAAAAAAAUGGAAAAUACUCCUGAGUGUAAUGAUACUACGCAAGAAAUACGCACUGAAAUACGACCUUUUGACUUACCUACAUCGACAAGUCCAGCCUUAACUAUAGCUUCUUACUUUGACACAGGAAAUUAUGCUGUUGAAAAUCAUUAUAAAAACUCCUUAACAUCUCCAUCGACUGUAAGCACAUUUAAUACAAGUUUAAUUAAUCAAAUAGGAAUACCUCCAGGUUUUGAAGAAGAAUAUCGAAGGAGGCUCAGUGGUGCACCAUCCCAAGAUUUGUUACGUGGUCUCAAUAAUCAGAUCGGUAGUUACAUUCCUGAGACUUCGAAAAAAAUUAAUUUGAAUCAAAUAUUUGCCCAAGCAACAAAUAACUUAGAUGACGAAAUAAUCUGCGAUUCGAAAGUUGAAUCGAUGGUUGAAAAAUUAAUAGAUGAUGAUUCUUCUAAAAGCGAAGUAGUUCCAUUUUCAAACACUACUAAUACUUAUCCAGAAAAAGACGACAAUGCACUUGUAGAUAGAUCUUCAGAUGAAGAAAAAAUUGAACCAUCAUCUGAAGUUGCUGAGAGACCUUCAAACGAGGCAAAUGUUGAACAGACGCCUGAAGUUGUAGAGAGAACUUCAGAAGAAGCAAAAGUUGAAAGACCUAACGUUGUAGGGAGAUCGUCAGACGAAACUUCAACUGAACUUGAGAGAUCUAAAGAAGAAACAAAAGUUGAGCCACUACCUGACCCCAUAAAUUUCUUCUCAUCAAACGUAGGAAGCACUGGAGAAUCGGAUGCGUACAGCGAUUUCAGCAGACUGUCAAGCUAUUUUAAAACACCACCAAAAGCAGAUCAUUCGAAGUCUUUUUUUGAAUUAAGCGAGUCCCAAAACCAUUAUAGACAUAAAUCGAAUGAUGAAUCGCGUGAUUCUAUUCAUUAUAAUAUUAAGAACUUCUUCAAAGGCACAUCCACAACAAAUUCUUCACACAUUCCAAAUAAUCAUUUGCUAAACAUGGCAUUAAUUCGCGACCUGUCAUCACCUAAAAAUUUUAAACCAAACGAUAUCGAUGUAGUUAAAACAGUCAAUUAUUUCACAGUCGAAUAUAAUAUUACAAAUCCAAUCGAAAUAAACACUAGCGAACCAAUAGACUUUAAUAAUAAAGCUAGAACAUCACAGGACAAUAAAACAUUGAAAUUAAGCGAUUCGUCGGAAAAUUCAGUUAUUAAUUGUGAAUAUUGUUGUAACUUGAUCAAUAGCACAAAUAUUAUCGAUAAUUCAUUUUAUAAAGUUAAAAAGAACAUGAAUGAUACUGAAAGUAAAAAGGCUACGAAUAAUAUGGACACAAAAAGCGAGAACGUUAUGAAAAAAUCCGUGACCGUUAAUUUCUGCGACCAAUCUUACAAAGAGGAUGCUGAUGACAGAAUCGUUGUGUUGUCUGAGAAUCGAGCAACCUCAGAACACGCUCCGGUCAAGCACCAUUGGUUCUAUCAGGUAGACUCUGAGGAGAGAUCCUUUUGGAAGGGAUUCUCUGUCGUUGAUUCCAGGGCCUUGGAGAACGCUUUCAAUAGUCCUGACCUGAACGCGAAUACCUUGGUGGCUACUGACGGUGGCCGUUAUGACGUCAACAUAAUGGAACGACUGAAGAUCGCUGUCUACUGGGAUGACAAGCCCACGAACGUCAUGAGGUGCAGCUGGUUCUACAAAGGCACGACGGAUGCGAGAUAUGUACCCUACGACGAAACGAUCGCUGAAAAACUUGAGGAAGAAUACAUCCAUGGGGUUACCACUGGGGAAUGGCACAGGCGUCUCGUGCUGCCGAACAACGAGCUGGUCGUGAUGCACGGACCAGCUGUGAUGGUCCACUUCCUGCAGAACAGCGCCAGCGAUGCGUUCAGCUCGUCGCCGCAAUCAAUGAUGCGGCCGCGCGUCGUUCGUCGCGGUUUCGUCGAAUCGGAAAUCGAGGACACGGAGCCUUCGAGCAUCGACCACCUGUUGCUGCUGUGUCAUGGCGUCGGAUCGGCUUGCGACAUGCGCUUCCGGCCAGUCGAGGAAGUUGUGGACGAUUUCAGAGCAACAAGUCUUCAGCUGAUACAGUCACAUUAUAAAAAUUCGUACGAUAGCGGCUUAGUGGGGAGGGUUGAGGUGUUACCGAUAUCCUGGCACUCGAGUCUACAUUCAGGUCAAACGGGCGUCGACAGACGUCUGGCUGCCGUCACGCUGGAGAGCAUACCGAGGCUGAGGAACUUCACGAACGACACGAUACUCGACGUGCUGUUCUACACGAGCCCCGUGUUCUGUCAGACAAUUAUAAACACGGUCUGCAGCGAAUUGAAUCGUAUCUACAGCCUGUUUAAGGCAAGAAAUCCAGACUUUAAGGGUGGGGUGUCCCUUGGGGGGCAUUCGUUGGGUAGCGUUAUCCUUUAUGACCUGCUCUGCCAUCAGAUGCCGAAGGGUAUUCCGGUGUCCAAACGAGAACAGUACGUGACGGGACCGGCGGGCACCGGCCAGCCGUCCGUCAAGUACCCGAGCCUCGAGUUCAUACCGGACGCGAUGUACGCGCUCGGCAGUCCGAUCGCUAUGUUUAACUGCAUACGAGGCGUCGAGACGCUUGGCAAGGAUUUUUGCUUCCCGACCUGCAAGAAAUUCUUCAACAUAUUCCAUCCUUACGACCCGAUCGCGUACAGAAUUGAACCGUUGAUCAAUCCUCAACUGAGGGACGUGAAGCCGUUUCUAAUUCCUCAUCACAAAGGGAGGAAGCGAAUGCACUUAGAGCUCAAGGACACGAUGGCGCGCGUCGGUGCCGACAUCAAACAGAAACUGAUCGAGUCGAUCAAGAACACGUGGUCCAGCAUGUGGAAGACGCAGCCUCCGCCGGAUCAGCACUUGGAGAAAGUCGUUGAAGAAGAGAUGGAAAAGGAAGAAUUGAACUCUGAACCCAAGGAUGAAGUUAAUCAAGAAACUGAUGUGACGCCGGAUAUGCUCGGCAAGUUGAACGACGGUCGCCGUGUGGACUACGUGCUCCAGGAGGCGCCCUUCGAGAUGAUCAACGAAUACCUGUUCGCUAUGAGGAGUCAUGUCUGUUACUGGGAAUCGGAAGACACGAUGCUCGUGAUGCUCCGCGAGAUAUACAACGCCAUCGGCGUGUCCCCAGACUGCAGCCUCCCCCAACAAACCCUGACUGUCCAGAGGAGCAAGACGAUUAUAGAUGACAAUGAUGUUGCUACACAUGCGGAUUACCCGUCAACAAGCCGAGGGAGCUUGUGACUCGUUGCUGGGGCGAUAGAAUUUUUAGUUUAAUUAUAUUUCAAUACCGAAAUAAACAAAAAAAAAAUUGUACAUUCUCAUUAAGAGUUAUAUGAAUUAUAAUCGCCAUAUUUUGUAUCGAAUUUAAACAAUCAUUUCAUUUAUCUGUGAUUAAAAAAGCAAUUGACUUCAGUUAAGUCAAAUGUAGAAAAUUAAUUAAAUUUUUAUACUAAUUUUAAACAACCAUAGCUAUUUCCGGUUAAUGGCAUUUGAAAAACACAAGAUGGCUUCUAAAGUGAUUUAAUCAAGACAUUAGUUAUCUGUUACAAAAAUAAAUAUGGCGGUUGCAUUUCAUAUUAUAAAAACAUGUUAAAAAAUAAUACCGUUACUAAACGAUUUUCAUGUUGUAUAAAUAAACUUUUAUUUAAUAUGUGAAAUGAAGCAAAUAAUAUAUUUUUUAAUGGAGCACCGAGUGCACUAUAUAUAAAAAUAUUCCCUGCAAAGCUGUAUCUUCUGGUAUAAAUCCUUAAGUCAAUAAAUUUAUUGUAUAUAUAUUAAAGCAUAUAAUAAAAAGGAAAUUUCGUUUAGUAAUGGUUAAUUUUUAAAGACACAAAUUGUUUUUUUUUUUUACAAUUACUGUUAUAUUUUAUAUUUAUUUAAGAUAUUAUCAUAAAAUGAUUUUUAAGCGAACGCAAUAAUUAUAAAACAAAUAAAAAUUGUUGGUGUGUAGUUGUUUUCAACUAUUUUUUUUUUUUUUCAUAAAAUCGAAAUGCAUAGGCAUGUGUAUAAUUCUAUAUUAAUAUAAAAUAUAUACAUUUAUACAAGUUAUACAAAUUAUAAUCUCGAUAUGGUAUUUAUUGAUAUUGAAUAUUAUGUAUCUUUUGAGAAAAAAAAACAAAAUGUCAGAAGACAAACCUUCAUCAUAAUAAGCGACUUUAAUUAAUAUAUUAAUAAAUUGAUUCAUUAAAAAAUAAAACGCAAAACAAAAAAAAAUGACGUUUUCGAAUUUCGAUUUUCUUUAAGAUGAUCACAGAUUAUAUAUUAAUCAUAAUUUCUGGUAAAUCUUAUUGUUUCGUGGUUGUUACUGUUUUUCCAACUAUAUUUAUUUUAAAUUAUUCUAAUCAAAUUAAUAAAUCCCAUAAAAAUAUCAAUGUUAAUAUAAGCUAAUUAUGGAACUGGAUAUUUAUGGGACCGUUGUUUCGAAGGAAACCAAUGUGGGAGAUCGAUAUAAAAUACUCCAGUUACCCUCUACACUCCAUAAGAUUUUAGCAACCAAAAUAUAUUCUUUCCAAUAUACAAUAUAUGAUUGCAUAAUAUUAUAGUACAGAGUGCUAUUAAUCUAUAUUAUAUAUUACUCGCCACGCCCUUAGACGCCUUAUGUAAGGCGUAAAUUAAGGACUGUAAAAUGUUAACUGUCAAAAUUUGACGUUUAAGUUUUUUUUUGUUUCAUUCAUAUCCGGACUAAAGGGUCUAUGGUUAUACAUCCUAACAUUUUUUUUUAUUCAUUGUAAUUAUAUUAAAAUUCGAUUAAAUUUUAUAAAUAAAUAUGCAAUAUUUUAAAUUGAUUUUGUUUUAAUAAAGCGUUUUGUAAUUCGACAUUACAAUAUAAUAUAUAAAAUAUGGCUCGGCCACUUGAUAACGGACUUUACAUUGCUUAAUUAACUUUUUUUAUUAGUUGGCGCACAUGUGUCGUUCAAUUAUUUACUUAUUAAUAAAGUCGAUUAAGUGAUAACUUAAUGAAUAAUUUAGACCAGAACUUAUUUACAUAUGUAAUAGAAACAUUCCUAUUCUAUAAUAUAUUCCUAGAUAUAGUAUUGUGAAGUAAAUACGGUCAUGUAAUAUAUAUAUAUGACGCGACGUCACAUAUAGUGAUUGUUAUUACAGAUCUACAGAAAAAGAAAGGUAAUAAUAGAGAAUGAAUCCUGUGAAGCUAUUGCCUCGUCCAUUCUCUACAACUAUGUCUUAAAAAAAGUUAAACUGUCAACUGUCUAUUUUGAUUACUAUUCUUUUCAAUUGAAAUUAUAAAUGAUUUACUUCUUUUGAAAAAAGAAUUUAUCGAAAAAAUAUCUAUAGUAUUACGUUUCUUCUUGGUUUAUGGUUGAAACAUAUUUUCUUGACUUAAGGGAACGUUACUUUAAUCUGUCCUUCAAAAUAAAAAAAAUAAAAAUUGUUUAAAAUUAUUUAUUUUUUAUUGUUGUAUUGGUUUGUAGAAUUAUUUAUAUCAUUAAGAUAUUGUACUAACAUUGGUCAAACAAUAAAGGUUUAUAUUUUACUACA